AUGCUUGGCCUGCACCUUCGCCGGCGCGUCGCUACCAACUGCGUCACUGCUACAUUUCAUUCCAAAACUCGUGUCAGAGUUGAGAACGCAGCGUUAUUACGAGAUCUGGAAGCGGCAUUGAAGACAAACCUACAGCAACUGAGUGCUCUUUUAUCGCCAUCCACGACACGGAAUCUGUCCAGGGCUUUGAACGUCGUAAAUGUGUCGGCCAAAAAAGUGACAGCUACUGUUGAGUCAGCAGCUGUCCCAACAAUGAAAGAACUCAAGAUUGUGGCGCUGCAAACGGGGCUGCCAUUCAUCAGAUUUGGAUUCGUGGACAAUGUCAUCAUGAUCCUUGCCGGUGACUACAUUGACCUCACGUUGGGCGUGUCGUUUGGUAUCUCAUCCAUGGCCGCGGCAGGUAUUGGCAAUACCAUUUCCGAUAUUGCAGGGCUGGGACUUGGUAACGUCAUUGAAGACUUUUGCGCCCGUCUGGGUCUUCCUGUUCAAUCACUGACAAAGGAACAGAUGCUGUUAAAACAAACGAGAUGGGCAAAAAUGGCAGGUAGUUCUAUGGGUGUGACUAUCGGAUGUUUGCUAGGAAUGAUGCCGCUUCUUUUUCUUCACACGCGAGACAAAAACACUAAUCCUGCCCCGGAAUCUAGUUUGGUAUAA